AUGGCAUUUCCCCAAAAGCACCAAAACGACGACGCCUCAAUCGACAUCCACACCUCCACGCCCCUCCGCUACCUCUCCCUGGACCACGUGUAUUCGGCCACGUCGCCUUGCGUCAGCGCCAGCGGGUCCUCCAACGUCAUGUCCAAGAAGGUCAAGGCUCGCAAGCUCAAUCACUUCGACGAUGGCGAUCAGAAUCACCAGAAGCCCUCCCCGAAACCCUCAAUUGUCAAUGUCUACUCGCGCCGCGCCAAGAGGCCCCGCCAUUACGAACGGAGCUCCUCGUUCUUCGAUGCUUUGGUGGCCCGGAAUGAGUCCCCAGCGGCGGCGGUGAAGAUUGAGGAGGCUGAUGGAGAUGACGAAUUUGAGAGGGGUUUGGACAAGAAGAAGAGGAAGCUCGGGAUUAACGAGUUACUGAAAUUGGGGGUUGAUUCUAGCAUUCUGUGUAAUUUGGACGGGCCUCGAUUGAGAGAUUCUCGCAGCAAUCAUAAACUCGAUAGGAGUAAAAAUGGAGAGAAAUUGCGGCUGAAGACGCGGAAUUCUUCUGUUAGCUGCGAGAAAAUUCUUUCGGAUCCUUCUUCUGUGAAGAAAUGGGUCGGGUUGAGUUUCAGCGACGUUGAUCCUAAAACUUUUAUUGGAUUACAAUGCAAGGUCUAUUGGCCAUUGGAUGCUAAUUCGUAUUCUGGUCGCAUUGUGGGUUACAACUCUGACACUAAUAGACAUCAAGUUGAAUAUGAAGAUGGUGAUGAGGAAGAUUUGAUUCUAUCAAAUGAGAGAAUCAAAUUUUAUAUUUCUCGGGAAGAAAUGGAGAGUUUGAAUUUGAGUUACAGUCUGAAGAGUAUGGAUAAUGAUGUCUAUGAUUAUAAUGAGAUGGUUGUGUUGGCUGCGAGUUUGGAUGACUGCCAAGAACUAGAGCCUGGGGAUAUCAUAUGGGCCAAGCUUACAGGUUAUGCUAUGUGGCCAGCAAUAGUUGUGGAUGAAUCCCUUAUUGGUGAUCGUAAAGGCUUAACCAAAAGUUUGGGAGGACGAUCAGUUCCAGUGCAGUUUUUUGGUACCCACGACUUUGCAAGGAUUAAAGUGAAACAGGCAAUCUCAUUUCUCAAAGGACUUCUUUCUUCAUUCCAUUUGAAGUGCAAGAAGCCUGGAUUCAUCAAAAGCUUGGAAGAAGCAAAAAUGUAUCUCAAUGAACAAAAGCUUCCAAGAAGAAUGCUACGGCUGCAAAAUGGAAUUAACAUUGAUGAAUGUGAAAGUGUAAGUGGAGAAGAUGAAGUGAGUGCAGAUUCUGGUGAAGGAUGUUUGGAUGAUGUAGGGAUUCUGAGGACACUGGAUCGCCUUGGAACUUCUCCAUACGUGAUCGGGGAUUUGCAGAUAACAAACCUAGGAAAGUUUGUCAGGGACUCAGAAUAUUUUCGUGAUGAGAAAGACAUUUGGCCUGAAGGUUAUACUGCCUUGAGGAAGUUUACUUCAAUUACAGAUCCAACUGUACGUACAUUAUAUAAGAUGGAGGUGUUGAGAGAUACCGAAUCAAAGAUUCGACCUCUGUUCAAAGUGACAUUAGAUACAGGAGAGCAGUUUAAGGGAUCUACACCAUCAGCUUGUUGGAAUAAAAUAUACAAGAGGAUAAGGAAAACACAAAACACAUCAUUGGUUGGUUCUAAUGCUAAUGCUGACAGUGGAUUGGAAGGGACCUAUAAAUCUGGUUCUCAUAUGUUUGGUUUCUCUAUACCUGAAGUUGCAAAACUUAUUCAGGGGUUAGUAAAAUCCAAGCUUUCUUCAAAAUUACCCAAGUGCAAGUUAGCCUCUAGAAGAUAUCGAGAUGUUCCUGUUGGUUACAGACCUGUUCGUGUGGACUGGAAGGACCUCGAUAAAUGUAGUGUCUGCCACAUGGAUGAGGAGUACGAAAACAACCUGUUCCUGCAGUGUGACAAAUGCAGAAUGAUGGUCCAUGCAAGAUGCUAUGGAGAACUGGAACCUGUUGGUGGCGUCUUAUGGUUAUGCAACUUAUGUCGGCCUGGGGCUCCUGAACCUGCACCGCCUUGCUGCCUUUGUCCUGUAAUAGGGGGGGCAAUGAAGCCUACAACUGAUGGGCGCUGGGCCCAUCUGGCUUGUGCCAUAUGGAUACCAGAAACCUGCCUAUCUGAUGUUAAGAGAAUGGAGCCAAUUGAUGGCCUUAGUAGAAUCAACAAGGACCGUUGGAAGCUAUUAUGUAUUAUCUGUGGAGUUUCUUAUGGAGCCUGUAUUCAAUGUUCAAACAAUACCUGUUGUGCGGCAUACCAUCCACUUUGUGCACGAGCUGCUGGUCUUUGUGUUGAGCUUGAGGAUGAGGACCGGCUGCAUCUACUUUCUGUAGAAGAUGAUGAAGAAGAUCAGUGUAUCCGCCUUCUUUCCUUUUGCAAGAAGCAUAGGCAGCCAACUAAUGAUCGUUCAGCUGCUGAUGACCGUAUUGGCCGAACAGUGCGUCGAUGCUCAGACUACACUCCACCAUCCAAUCCAUCUGGAUGUGCUCGUACUGAGCCAUACAACUACUUCUGUAGAAGAGGGAGAAAAGAACCUGAAGCCAUAGCUGCUGCAUCCUUAAAGCGUUUGUUUGUUGAGAACCAGCCUUACUUAGUUGGUGGUUACAGCCAACACCAACUGUCAAGUAAUUCACGGCCUCCCAAUGGUGUCGUUGGUUCUAAGUUCUGCUCUAACCUUCAAAGGCUGAAAGCCUCUCAACUUGAUGCUCCUAACGACAUACUUUCUAUGGCGGAGAAGUAUAAAUACAUGAGGGACACCUUUCGGAAACGACUAGCAUUUGGAAAAUCGGGAAUUCAUGGUUUUGGUAUCUUUGCUAAGCACCCACAUAGAGCAGGGGACAUGGUGAUUGAAUACACGGGUGAACUUGUUAGACCUCCUGUAGCUGACAGGAGAGAGCACUUCAUAUAUAAUUCAUUGGUGGGGGCUGGGACUUAUAUGUUCCGGAUUGAUGAUGAACGGGUCAUUGAUGCCACAAGAGCUGGAAGCAUUGCUCACCUGAUUAAUCACUCUUGUGAACAGCAAGCUAAAUGCGUGAACAAUGGCAUUUUAGCAACUACCUAUCUUAUUGGAUGUAACCUAAUGAAAGAGUUUGGAGAUUAG